AUGGAUACCGCGGCGCGAGCAAAGAGGCUCGAGAUGGAGGGCGGGUGGACGCUGCCGGAGGAGAUCGUGGAGGACAUCCUCUCCCGCCUGCCGGUGAGGUCGCUCCGCCGCUUCCGCUGCGUGAGUCGCGCGUGGGACGCCCUCAUCACCUCCCCCGCGUUCGAGGACCUCCACUCCGAUCGGUCCCGCCACCACCGCAGAUUGUUCCUCAAGCCAACCUGUCAGAACGUCUUCUACGCAUGGAAGCUCGGUGGCCCAGCGGAGACCAUCAUGGACAACUGGAGAUUGCCGCAGGGGAAGAUCUUCCCCAUCACCAAGUCCUGCCAUGGCAUCGUCCUUCUACGCUGCCUCGACUACGAUCUGCACUACGUGUGGAACCCUUCAGCCAACCAACUCUUGGCUCUGCCGGACAGAAGACCGGCCAGGGUGGCCUGGGCCGGCGGCAGAACCCACAUGAUCUACGGCAUGGGUUACUGCUCGACGGCCAAGCAGUACAAAAUAGUGCGCAUGUACAAUUUUGACCGUGACCUCGGACUCCACGACACGGUGUGCGAGGUCUACACUCUGGACGAGUCCACGCACUGGAGGCCUGCUGCCACGCAGCCUCACUCAUGCCAGCUACGAGUCAAUGGGAGGCAGGGAGCCGUUCUCUGCAACGGCAAUCUGCAUUUCGUCCACACGCAUGGCCUAGACCUCCUCACCGUUUUCAAUAUCCACGCCGAGACGUUCAGCACGAUGGUGCUGCCUGCGGAGACGCGAUCAUACUCGCCGGACUUCAUGCUAACUGAACUGGGCGGUUUCCUAUGUGUCUACCACGCAAAACGCAGAGACCAUCCGGAGUUUGCCGACCCUUACGACAUCUGGCUGCAAAGAGACUACGAGGCAGGGCAAUGGGAAAGACUGCAGUGCAUCAACUGGGGGAGCAUGGGAGAAGCGGAGAUCGCCCCGCUCAAGUCCUCCUGGAUCGCCCCGCUUGACAUGUACUAUGACCAUGGCGCUCAGAAGAAGAAGAUCCUGUUUGGCACGAGCGCAUGCAAGGUGUUCGUGGUGGACCCUGACACCGGCGUCCCGGAAGUUGUAUUCUCGCCGGAGGACACGAUCAUGGGAGAUCAGGGCAACUGGGACAGCGAAUUCCCCACCAUCGGGUUGUUUGAGGAGCGCCUCGCGUCCGUGGGCCGCACCAACGAGGAGAUCAUCUUCACUUCGCCAUGGGCACGAGCCGCGUCCUCGGUGCUCAUGUACCUGCCAGCACGCACGGUUGGGCGCUUGAACCAGGUGUGCAAGGGUUGGCGUGCUAUGAUAAAGGCCGACUGCUUCAUCGAUGCACAUUUGUACCAUGCAAACCUUGAUAAAAUUCCCCACAUUAUGUUCACAGAUGGAACGCCCUUCAGGUUCAAAGCCCUGGAGGAUUUCAUCAACGAGACACACCAGACGUACCGCCUUUGGUUGACGAGGGCUCAAGAGUGGUUUACUCCAAGCCGUGCAAUGGGUUGA